ACGUAUUGUUUGGAUUGGAGGUAUCGGACGGAGAGGGAGGGGAAGGGAUGGGGACAGAUGAUAAGGGAGGGGGAGUGAGGGGAGGUUGUCCCCUUCCUCUUGUUUGGGUUUCUAAAAAGGCAGAAGGGGAGGGAGAUCAACGGAUUCAGACUCCCUCCAACUACCCUUAACUUUGCAGAUUUGCAAUCCUUCUGAUUGGGGGGGUUUGGGAGGGAUUGCAGGGAUUAUUUAUAUUAGGUUAAAAAUAAUUACAUAAUUAACUU